GGCUACCCAGUGUUUCACGAGUGACCCUGUGUGGACAGUAAUGACCGCACGUUUCCGAUUGCCUGCUGGCAGAACCUACAAUGUACGAGCAUCUGAGCUGGCACGAGACAGGCAGCAUACAGAGGUGGUCUGCAACGUUCUUCUCCUGGAUAACACUGUACAAGCUUUCAGAGUUAAUAAACAUGAUCAGGGACAAGUUCUGUUGGAUAUAGUCUUCAAGCAUCUCGAUUUGACAGAGAGAGAUUACUUUGGUUUACAGUUGGCUGAUGAAUCUACUGAUAACCCUAGGUGGUUGGAUGCAAACAAACCUAUCAGGAAACAAUUAAAAAGAGGAUCUCCUCACAGUUUGAACUUCAGAGUUAAGUUUUUUGUAAGUGACCCAAACAAGCUCCAAGAAGAAUAUACAAGGUACCAGUAUUUUUUGCAAAUUAAGCAGGACAUUCUUACUGGAAGAUUGCCCUGUCCUUAUAAUACUGCUGCUCUUCUGGCAUCCUAUGCUGUUCAGUCCGAGCUGGGAGACUACAACCAUUCAGAAAACUUGCCAGGCUACCUCUCAGACUAUUCUUUCAUCCCUAGCCAGCCUCAAGACUUUGAAAAAGAAAUAGCAAAAUUACAUCAGCAGCACAUAGGGUUGUCUCCUGCAGAAGCAGAGUUCAAUUAUCUCAAUACAGCACGUACCUUAGAACUUUAUGGAGUAGAAUUGCACUAUGCAAGGAAUCUCUCCUCUCUGUGUUCUAAGGUUGCAGUUUCUUUUCAGGAUCAGAGUAACAAUGAAAUAAUGAUUGGAGUGAUGUCAGGUGGAAUAUUAAUUUUUAAGAACAGAGUACGAAUUAACACCUUUCAGUGGUUGAAGAUUGUAAAAAUUUCUUUUAAGUGCAAACAGUUUUUUAUUCAACUUAGGAAAGAAUUGCAUGAAACUAGAGAAACAUUACUGGGAUUCAAUAUGGUGAAUUACCGAGCAUGUAAGAAUUUAUGGAAAGCUUGUGUUGAACAUCACACUUUCUUCCGUUUGGACAGACCGCUUCCCCCUCAGAAGAACUUUUUUGCACAUUAUUUCACUUUGGGUUCCAAGUUCCGGUACUGUGGGAGAACAGAGGUCCAGUCUGUGCAAUAUGGUAAAGAAAGAGCAAACAAAGACAGGGUAUUUGCAAGAUCCCCCAGUAAACCCUUGGCACGGAAAUUAAUGAGUGGGAUGGACUGGGAAGUAGUGAGUAGGAACUCACUGUCUGAUGAUAGGUUGGAAACACAGAGCUUACCAUCACGGUCUCCACCUGGAACCCCAAAUCAUCGCAACUCUGCCUUCACUCAAGAAGGAGCCCGGUUACGACCUUCAUCAGUUGGACAUUUAGUGGACCAUGUAGUUCACACUUCCCCGAGUGAAGUAUUUGUAAAUCACAGAUCUCCAUCUUCCACCCAAGCUAAUAGCAUCAUACUGGAAUCAUCACCAUCUCAAGAGACUCCUAUAGAUGGGCAGCCUCCUGCAUUACCACCCAAACAAUUUAAAAAGAACAGUUGGAACCAAAUUCAUCAUUCACACUCACAGCAAGAACUGGAUAACCAUAUUAAUGAAACAUUUGAUGUUCCAGCAUCACCUGAAAAAUCCACACCCAAUGGUGGUGUCCCCCAUGACAAUCUUGUUAUGAUCAGAAUGAAACCAGAUGAAAAUGGAAGGUUUGGCUUCAAUGUAAAGGGUGGAUACGAUCAGAAGAUGCCAGUAAUAGUGUCCCGGGUAGCUCCAGGAACACCUGCUGAUCUCUGUGUCCCUCGUUUGAAUGAAGGGGACCAGGUUGUACUGAUUAACGGCAGGGAUAUAGCAGAACAUACCCAUGAUCAAGUUGUUAUGUUUAUUAAAGCUAGCUGUGAGAGACACUCAGGGGAACUUGUGCUUCUAGUUCGACCCAAUGCUGUCUAUGAUGUUGUGGAAGAGAAGCUGGAGAGUGAGCCUGACUUCCAGUACAUCCCUGAGAAAUCUCCACUUGAUGGUGUCCAUCAAGACGAUAAUGCUCUGAGGGAAUCCAUGAUUCAGCUAGCAGAGGGGCUUAUCACUGGAACUGUUUUGGCUCAAUUUGAUCAAUUGUAUAGGAAAAAGCCUGGAAUGACAAUGUCUUGUGCCAGAUUACCUCAAAACAUUUCCAAAAAUAGAUACAGAGACAUUUCGCCUUAUGAUGCUACACGGGUUAUUUUAAAAAGUAAUGAAGAUUACAUCAAUGCAAAUUAUAUAAAUAUGGAAAUCCCUUCUUCGACAAUAAUAAACCAGUACAUUGCUUGUCAAGGUCCAUUACCGAACACUUGUCCUGAUUUUUGGCAGAUGACUUGGGAACAAGGCUCAUCUAUGGUUGUAAUGUUAACGACUCAAGUUGAAAGAGGAAGAGUUAAAUGUCAUCAGUACUGGCCAGAGCCAUCAGGAAGCUCUUCAUAUGGGAAUUUCCAGAUUACCUGCCAUUCAGAAGAAGGAAAUCCUGCUUAUGUCUUUCGAGAAAUGACAUUGACUAAUCUGGAGAAAGAGGAAAGCCGCCAACUAACCCAAAUCCAGUAUAUAGCAUGGCCUGAUCAUGGGGUUCCUGAUGAUUCCAGUGAUUUCCUAGACUUUGUGUGUCUUGUGCGAAAGAAGAGGGCUGGCAGAGAAGAACCUGUUGUUGUUCAUUGCAGUGCUGGGAUUGGACGGACAGGAGUUCUUAUCACUAUGGAGACAGCUAUGUGUCUCAUUGAGUGCAAUCAGCCUGUUUAUCCAUUAGAUAUUGUAAGAACCAUGAGAGAUCAAAGAGCCAUGAUGAUCCAAACACCUAGUCAAUACAGAUUUGUAUGUGAAGCUAUUUUGAAGGUGUAUGAAGAAGGAUUUAUUAAACCUUUACAAGCAUCACUGCAUAAGUAAAGAGCAAAAACCAGGAUAUCAGUUGAGGAAUCCUGUUCUCUGUAAUGAACUGGCAGCAUUCUUUGUGCCAUAAUACUGCUUGCAGGAAAUAAUAGUGAAGUACAGCAAAGAAUUGACAAAGGACUUUGAAAACUUCAGCACUGUUGCACUUUACGUUGAAACGAAAUCAGUCUCUGAAACUCUUCUAACCUUCAUCUGUUUGAAGACUUUAUUUUCGUGCUUUGCUCCGAACAAACCAUAAACUGAAAGAACUAAUUGUGUUCAGGGUAAUCUACGAUAUUUCAUUGUAGUGCCAUAUACUGCGCUUCUGGUUGAAUUGCUACAAACAAGGCUUGGAAUUAUUUCACUCUGUUUUACACCCAUGUCUCUUAAAAUGAAAAACAAAUGAAAAAAUACACUAAGCCAUGGUCUUUUUCCAGUGCUAGGUUUAUUUACUAUGUACAGAUUCUCACUGUUUUGUUUUUUACAACAUUAGCAAUAUUGCCAAUACUAGAUAGAUACACACUGCCUACUGAUGCAGCACACUUUGUCCUACACCCUUACUAGAGACCAGCUGGUUGUUAGAGGAAAGCUGGCGUCUGUGUUAACCCAGCAGUAGCUGCAGAAUGCCCACUUACCAGCAUCUUGUACAAAAUAGUAACAAUAAAAAUUAAAAAAAAAAUAAACAACAUUUAUCUGACACAGCUUGUGUGUCAUACACUGGUGUAUUCUGAUUCAUGUGAAUUAAGAUUACGUGAUUAAGUGAUGGGAACUAAUGCAUGCAUUGUGUCUUAACCCCUUAAGUGCCUUGAGACUUACAGCGUACAUCCAGUGAAAGGCACUCAUGAUUCUGUGGGGGUGGUAUUGUCCUGUCAUAUUUAUCUUAACGGGUUCAGAUUUUAAAAACGGCCCUUGGUGCUUGGAAUGUGUUACCGCAAGGGGUCAUGGAAAUACCAUUCCCUCUUUCCUUAUACAAGUACCUGUGUGCUACACUCAGUAGCAAUAGCACCUCUGCCAACUUAAUGAGCAUUGUAUGCUGCUGUGUUGUAAUUAUGUGAAAAAUCUGACACAUUCCUUCAUUCCUUCCAACUAGUAACUUACUAGCAGCUUACUAUGAAAUGCUGGUAGGUCAUUAGAAGCUGAUACUUUGUUUUAUCCUUAUAUUGAGAAUAGCUGUCUUACUCGAUUAGAACAUAACUCUUUAAUAGCACUGAUAAUUAAGUUGAAUUUACAAUCAGAUGUGAUUUAAUUCCAUUAUCUGCUAACCAAUUACUUUUUAAGCCCUCAUAGUUGAUUUCAAGCCAUGUUCGUACAGGUCUACCUGUUAUUUUUUUUAAUUGUUCAGGUGGGGUGAAGGGAGGAGAACACUAUGAAGUGGUCCCAGAACUUUAAUUCCGUAAUGACCCCUAUCACCUUCUGUUAACGCGUGUGCAAAAUUGUUCCAGUUGGUAUGGGUUGCUUCUUAUUUAAGUAGGUAGAAGAUUUGUAAGAAAUGUUUGUCUGAUACAGUAUCUGAGCUCAUUCUAAAGAUGCAUAAAUGUCCCAGUUUUUUAAUAUUUUUCAAAGAUAGAAGAAACCAAGUCAGAAGCAAGGUAUCCAGUGUAAUAUACUGUAAGGAAAAAUUGGUCACUUCUUUGACUGCCUUGUGAGAACAUAACUUUGUGCCCUCUAUUUAAAAGAUUUAAUUUAUUGUAUUGGUUUCCUGAAAAUGUUUAUCCAGUAAACUUUGUUGUAAGCUAUAUAGAGCAUAGAAUUAAAAUGGAAAGUUCUACACUAAAUGAUUUUUAACUAUUGAAGAAUUAUAUUAUGUAAUAUACUGUAUUCUAUGGACAUUUGAAAGAGAUCAGCUAUGAACUGUUAAGUGGAAAGGGAUUCAGGCAAAGUGAAAUCCUGGCUUAUGACAGUAAUAAACGUGUACCACAAUGCCAAAUGGAAGAUAGAUUUUUAAAUAUUUUUAGAAAACAAAAUCAUAUUAGGUGGCCUGUGGCCCUGUUACUUAUAUUUCUAGAUUUGAUGCUUAAAACAAUAUUAUCCCUCAGUGAAAAAUAAAUCAUACAAGACUCUUUAGAUCUGAUAAACUGAAAAAGAGUAAUAAGGUAGCUUUAAUCUCAGUUUUAGUUUAAGCCAUUUGCAACAGAAGAAAAUUCUUCUUUAGGAUAAAGUAUAAGCUUUAACUUCCAUGUGAUGAGAUUAUUAGCUGAGAUGCAGGCUAGUUGGAAGGGGUUUUUUAAACUCAGCACUUAAUGUCUAAAAAUUGAAGUGAUUCAUCCAUUAUAUUGAAAUAAAUUUUUUUCAUAGUCAAGUUGUAAAUGAAAAUAGUAUUUGCCCUUUUUUCCUGAGGGAAAUCAAAAUGGAGUUUAUAGCAACAUUAUAUAGUGUUGGUAUGUCACAUAUUUAAAUAUUCUUAUGUAAAGUUGCCAAAGCAGUUUGAAUUCAAAAGACCCAUUUAUACCACAAUUAAGUGUGGGAUAUUUACUGGUCAUCUGUCAUUACUGUUUUGAUUACAAACACAAGCAAGAAUAAUAGGUCUCUUCAAAAUCUUCCUCUGCACUGACUUAAGCUGAUUUGUAGUGUAUUAACUAGUUGCACUGGGGGAAGGAAAAAAAAAAAACAAAACCAAAACCAAGAACAAAGUAACUAUUCUUAGAUAAUUGGCCAUCAGAGAUUCAGUGGCUUUUUGGCUUCUCCCAAGCCAGGAUGGUGGUAACAAAAAACUGAUUGGGAAAGAGAAUAGCAUUAAAGCUUUUGUGCACCGUAAGUCAUUCAUUAAAAUGUUUCUACCUGUUGUGGUAUAAAUGGCCUUUAAAAUAUUUUUAUAUGGC